AUGGGGACCCAAACUACAGAGAUAGCCUAUUUAUUAUCUUUGCUCCUCUUCAUGUAUUACUUGAUCUAUGCCUCAGGAGACUGAUAGGAUUUUCUCAGUGCUUACCACAAUGAGGGGUGCUUUUCCCUGAUCAUUCCCUUCAACCUUGAAGAUGCAAACUUAAACAGCUUGGAAGAAUACUUCAAGAACAGCAGAGAUAUUAAGAAGGUCAAGAACCCUGGUUUCUUUCUGUUCCCCCCCCCCACAAACCUGCAGGUUCAGCUGCUAAAACAUGCAAAAUAUGAUAUUGUUGACUCCCUCAAUAUGUUGCCUAAAACUCAGCAUGACUUUAACUCCUAUGUGGUGGACCUAAGCAUCCAGAUGGAAACAAUGCUCUGUUUUUAUGUCAAUGGGGUUUUUAAGGAAGUAGAAAGAAAUUCUCAAGGUUCUGUCCAUGCUUUCACCCUGACCUUCAUCUUACCUUCUGAUAGCAAUUCCAGGUAA